AUGGAGGAAUUGGAUGCAUUGAUUGGUAGGAUGUUUUACACCGGGGGAUUAUCCUUCAACUUGACAAGGAAUCCAUAUUAUGCCAAGGCUUUUGCAUAUGCCGUAAGCAAUCCAAUCUCUGGCUACAUGCCUCCCGGUUACAAUUCCAUAAGGACCACUAUCUUACAACGUGAAAAAACUCAUGUAGAGAGAUUGAUGGAGCCCAUCAGGGGCACAUGGCAACAGAAGAGAGUCUCCAUUUGCAGUGAUGAGUGGGCGGAUGCACAAAGGAGGCCCAUCAUCAAAUUUAUGGUGGUAUGUGAGGGUAAGCCAAUGUUCUUGAAUGCCGUGAAUGCCGAGGGAGAAGUCAAGAAUAAGUAUUUUAUCCAAGCACUGCUGGAAAAGUGCAUCACAGAGGUGGGACCGAAAAAUAUCAUCCAAAUAAUAACCGAUAAUGCUUCGACAUAUAAGGCAGCGGGCCAGCUUAUGGAGGGCACCUGGCCUCACAUAUUUUGGACUCCUUGUGUAGUCCAUACACUCAAUCUUGCUAUCAAGAAUAUUUGUGCAGCUAAGAACACGGAACCAAAUGCCGUGGCUUAUGCACAAUUACAUUGGAUUACAGAGAUCUCCGAUGAUGCAUUGUUUAUGAAGAAUUUUAUCAUGAACCACUCUAUGCGGCUUUCCAUGUUCAAUGAUUAUUCCAAGAUGAAGCUCCUAUCGAUUGCCGACACAAGAUUUGACUCGUGGAUUAUUAUGUUGAAGAGGUUUAAGGUCGUUAAGAAAGGCCUCCAAGACAUGGUUCUUAGUGAUCGAUGGAGCUUAUAUAGAGAAGAUGAUGUGGGGAAAGCUUAA